CACCCCUGCCAACACAAACCCCCCCUCAAGCUGCAGGAAGGAGAGAGAGAGAAAGAGAGAGAGCUUACACAUGUGGCCAGGGAAGGAGGGAAGAGUCAGAAGACAGAGAGAAAAAAGAGGGAGAAGAAAGAGAGGAGGAGGGCUUAUACUCGCUGGCCAGGAAAAGACUGUCGAGAGAGAGAGGAAGGAGAGGUAAGGAAAAAAGUGGAAGAGAAUUGACACACGUUAGUAACAACUACAGAGCAAGAGAGAGAGAGAGCAAACAGGAGUCUGAGGAAGGGAAAGAGAAAAGAAGGGGGUGAGAGAGAGAUUAAUAGAGGAGGCGGAUCCGACUCACACUGUGGUCUGAGAGAGGGGAUUCCUGUGUAGUGAAUAGUUUUAGUCCUGUGUUCUCUGACUUAUCUAGCAGUCUCUGUUUCUGUCUGGACCAUAAGCUCCCAGGCUGGGUCACAGAAGCCCUAAACACAACACGACCACAACAGGAACAUUACAGGACCACUCUGUUGGACCCAUGCACAGGAUUAUUGCAGUUCGAAGGAGAGGUCGAAACACGGUCUGAAAAGAAUCUUAUCAGAGCAGGACCGCUUUUUGAGAUAACUGUAGAAGUGAAGAGUGACCACUGUGGUUUGACCACAAUCUGAACACAAUAGGACCGUUUGACCAGGAGGGGAAAACGUGGGAACUGUGGGAACCGUGGUUUGAACAGGAACACUUUCCUUUCUAGGGAGUUGUGGGGUCUGUGGUUUGACCUGAACAGGACCGUGGGGGCUGUGGCCUGAACAGGACAGUAACGUGUGGGAGAGAAGGUGACAUCAUGAGUAUUGUUAUGAAGCCACGAUCUCGCUCCAUCAGCUCUCUACGGAACAUGGAAGGAAUCUGUUUCGAUGUGGACAACGGCACAUCGUCGGGGCGCAGCCCGCUGGACCCCAUGGCCAGCCCGGGGUCUGGGCUCAUACUGCAGGGCAACUUUGUCCACAGUCAGCGGAGAGAGUCCUUCCUGUACCGCUCCGACUCGGACUAUGACCUGUCACCCAAGUCCAUGUCCAGAAACUCCUCCAUCGCCAGCGACAUUCAUGGCGACGAUAUGAUUGUAACACCAUUUGCACAGGUUCUGGCCAGUCUAAGAACUGUACGAAAUCAUUUUGCUGCAUUAAGCAAUUGUUCACAAGACAGAGCGUCCAACAAGAGAUCACCCAUGUGUAAUCCACCACCCAUCACCAAGACCACCUUCACAGAGGAGGCCUACCAGAAACUGGCCACCGAGACGUUGGAGGAGCUGGACUGGUGCCUGGACCAGCUGGAGACCCUGCAGACCAGACACUCAGUUGGCGAGAUGGCCUCCAACAAGUUCAAGAGAAUGUUGAACAGGGAGCUCAGCCACCUGUCUGAGAUGAGUCGCUCAGGGAACCAGGUGUCAGAGUUCAUCUCCAGCACCUUCCUGGACAAGCAGCACGAGGUGGAGAUGCCGACUCCCCAGACGCAGAAGGAGAAGGAAGACAAGAAGAAUAGACCCAUGUCUGAGAUCAGUGGAGUGAAGAAACUGCAGCACAGCUCCAGCCUCACCAACUCUAACAUACCCCGCUUCGGAGUCAAGAGCGAGACAGAGGACGAACUGGCUAAGGAGCUGGAGGAUGUAAAUAAAUGGGGCCUUAACGUUUUCAAAGUCACUCAGUUCUCUGGGAACAGGCCCCUGACCGUCAUGAUGCACACUAUAUUCCAGGAAAGAGACUUGUUAAAAACUUUUAAAAUUCCACUCGACACUUUUAUAACCUACCUGAUGACCUUAGAAGACCAUUACCAUGGCGAUGUGGCCUACCACAACAACAUCCAUGCUGCUGAUGUCACCCAGUCCACUCACGUGCUGCUAUCCACCCCCGCUCUAGAGGCUGUGUUCACAGACCUGGAGAUCCUAGCUGCCAUAUUUGCCAGUGCUAUUCAUGACGUGGACCACCCUGGAGUCUCCAACCAGUUCCUCAUCAACACCAACUCGGAGCUGGCCCUCAUGUACAAUGACUCGUCAGUCCUGGAGAACCACCACCUGGCUGUGGGCUUCAAGCUGCUUCAGGAAGAGAACUGUGACAUCUUCCAGAACCUGACCAAAAAACAACGACAAUCACUGCGCAAGAUGGUCAUCGACAUCGUCCUAGCGACUGACAUGUCCAAGCACAUGAACCUCCUGGCUGACCUGAAGACCAUGGUGGAGACCAAGAAGGUGACCAGCUCUGGAGUUCUACUCCUGGACAACUACUCUGACAGGAUCCAAGUUUUGCAGAACAUGGUGCACUGUGCAGACCUGAGUAACCCCACCAAACCCCUGCAGCUGUACCGCCAGUGGACCGACCGCAUCAUGGAAGAGUUCUUCACCCAGGGGGACAGGGAGAGGGAGAGAGGCAUGGAGAUCAGCCCUAUGUGUGACAAACACAACGCCUCUGUUCAGAAGAGCCAGGUGGGCUUUAUUGACUACAUCGUCCACCCUCUAUGGGAGACAUGGGCAGACCUGGUCCACCCUGAUGCUCAGGACAUCCUGGACACUCUGGAGGACAACAGGGAGUGGUACCAGAGCACCAUCCCCCAGAGCCCUUCACCCACCCUGGACGAGCCUGAGGACGGCAGCCGUCCCCCUGGAGGGGACAAGUUCCAGUUUGAACUCACCCUGGAGGAGGACGGGGAAUCAGAUACGGAGAAGGACAGUGGCAGCCAACCCGAGGAAGAGGAUGAAGAAGAGGAGAACAGUUGUAGUGACUCAAAAACACUCUGUACGCAGGACUCAGAGUCAACAGAGAUACUACUGGACGAACAGGUGGGGGAGGAAGAGGAAGUGGAGGGAGAGUCCACUUCAUCACAACCUUGUGUAGUGGAGGAGGAAGAGGAGGGGGAGGAAGGGGAAGAGAAGGGCGAGGAGAAACCAGCCGAUACAUAGCAGUGUAUGCACUGCAACUAAACUUUUCUUCUUAGUAACCAGAGAUGAUUAUUUCUAGAGUAUUUUGGGGGAUUUAUGGACUAUGUCUGUUAUUUUUUUUAUAUAUUUAUGUUUAGGGUUCCAAAGCGCACGCUGUUCACCCCUUGGCCACUCCUCUCUCCUCAUCCUUGGUCAGCUUCUCAGACACACCCAUUGGUACUUCUACAACUUUUUUGCACUCAGGAAAACUCUUUUCCAUUCCCGUUUGUACCGGAGUAGUCUGUGUGUUAUUUCACUUCAAAACCUAGUCCUAGUGUGUUGAAGUUGCAUUAAGGAUUAUGAUUAGAGUUUAGAGUGUGUUUCAUGCUGUUCAUAUACAGUAUAUCUCUACUCCUUUCAGCCUUGGCUGACCAAUGGCGGUGUUUCUGUGUGUUAUUAAGUGCCCAUUCUUCAGAAGUCACUAUAGUGUCUGUUUUUCUUAGUUGUUUGUAUUUAUCAGCAAACCAACACGCUACGUUGUUGUGUGGUCUGGAUGAAUGAAAUCCCAACAGGACACGUCACGAUGGAGAGAGGCGCUGCAGCACAUUGAGAGAAAAAUGCAUUGUGGGAAUUUAUCAAGACACUUUUCUGAAGUUUAAGUCUUCCUUGAAAACCUGACUAAAAAGGCUAAGAUCUUACAGCUCUAAUGCUCGGUUUAACCUCAAUAGAGUUUUUGUAUCGUACCAUACAUAACAUGGAGAUCUAUUGUAGAUUCCACUUUUGUUAACCAAGAAAAAAAAAGUGACUUUUCAAAACAUUCGAAAGGCACUUGAAAACUGUUGAUGAGAAAUGCCUCAUCUGCCACUGCUUUUCUGUGUGUAAAAGGGUAACUUUUUAUUGUUUUGGGGGAGUAUUGGGGAGUAUUCUCAGACUUACAAAAUAAAGCCCUUGCCCCUA